ACUUCCUUCCUUGAUGAGCGGUCGCACACUCUCGAGCACGCAGCAGCAGACCGGUCGCUCUCGUCGCCAUCUUCAGCUCGUCCUCGUCGCCUCAACGCUCAGCACUCCGACAUGGACGCCACGGCAAGCAUCCCCCCAGAGGAGCUGGAGGACCUGAAAGAGGCCUUCGCUAAGAUCGACAUCGACGGCAACGGCUUCAUCAGCAAAGGAGAACUCAAUGAGCUCUUUCGGACCGCCAACCUGGCUCUGCCAGGUUUUAGGGUCCGAGAGAUAGUCGAGGAGCUGACCAAGACCAGCGAGCAGCUCACCUUCCAGCAGUUCACGCAGAUCGUUCACAGUCUGAAGAGCACCGAGGUGGCCAAGACCUUCCGGAAGGCCAUCAACAAGAAGGAGGGCAUCAGAAACGUGGCCGGAACCUCAGAGCAGGCUGGAACGCAGCACUCGUACUCUGAGGAGGAGAAGGUGGCAUUUGUGAACUGGAUCAACAAAGCUCUGGAGAAGGACCCGGACUGCAAACACAUCCUGCCUGCCGAUCCAGACACUGACGAGCUCUUCAAGGCCGUUGGAGACGGCAUUCUUCUCUGUAAGAUGAUCAACCUGUCCGUGGAUGACACCAUCGACGAGAGGACCAUCAACAAGAAGAAGCUGACCCCAUUCACCAUCCAGGAGAAUCUCAACCUGGCCCUCAACUCGGCCUCGGCCAUCGGCUGCCACGUGGUCAACAUUGGAGCCGAGGACCUGAAAGAGGGCCGGCAGCACCUGGUCCUCGGUCUGCUCUGGCAGAUCAUCAAGAUCGGACUGUUCGCAGACAUUGAGCUCAGCAGGAACGAAGCUCUGAUUGCUCUGCUGAGAGAUGGUGAGAGUCUGGAGGAUUUGAUGAAGUUGUCACCUGAGGAGCUGCUGCUUCGCUGGGCCAACUUUCACCUGACGGAGGCCAACGCCCCCCACAUCAACAACUUCAGCUCAGAUAUCAAGGACUCGCGUGCAUACUACAAGCUGCUGAGUCAGGUCUCACCCAAAGGGGAUGAUGAAGGGAUCCCACCGAUCGCCAUCGAUGUGUCAGGACUCACAGAGCAAAACGAGGUACGGCGCGCAGAGCUGAUGCUGGAGCAGGCAGAGAAGCUGGGCUGUCGUCAGUUUGUCACGGCGACCGACGUGGUCCGCGGGAACCCCAAACUCAACCUGGCCUUCGUGGCAAACCUCUUCAAUAAAUACCCUGCCCUCAAGAAACCUGAAAACCAGGACAUAGACUGGAGCUCCAUUGAAGGCGAAACCAGAGAAGAACGGACCUUCAGGAACUGGAUCAACUCUUUGGGAGUCAACCCUCGUGUCAAUCAUCUCUAUGCUGACAUGGAGGACGCCCUGGUCAUCUUCCAGCUGUACGAGAAGAUCAAGGUGCCCGUGGACUGGGAGCGAGUCAACAAGCCACCAUACCCCAAACUGGGCAGCAACAUGAAGAAGCUGGAGAACUGCAACUAUGCGGUGGAGCUGGGCAAGAAGGAGGCCAAGUUCUCCCUGGUGGGCAUCGCUGGCCAGGACCUGCACGCUGGGAAUCGGACCCUCACCCUGGCGCUGCUCUGGCAGCUCAUGCGGAGGUACACGCUGAACAUCCUGGAGGAGCUUGGUGACGGACAGAAAGUCAAUGACGACACCAUCGUGGCGUGGACCAAUCAAACGCUCGCGCAAGCCGGGAAACCGUCAUCCAUCUCCAGUUUUAAGGACGGCUCCAUCAGCAGCAGCAUGCCGGUUCUGGACCUGAUUGACUCCAUCCAGCCCGGAUCGGUUCGAUACGACCUGCUCAAGACGGGCGACCUGACCCAAGAGGAAAAGCUCAACAACGCCAAGUACGCCAUUUCCACGGCGAGGAAGAUUGGCGCUCGGGUGUACGCGCUGCCCGAGGACUUGGUGGAGGUCAAACCCAAGAUGGUGAUGACCGUGUUCGCCUGUCUGAUGGCGCGUGCCAUGAAGCGGGCCUGACUCAUUCCCCACGCUAACAAAACAGACGAUGACUGAUGAUGUCAUACAAGUCCAAAAACAAGUUGAGAGGACCAAAGAAUAAGAACUUUUUUUUUAACCUAAUUAAAUAAAAGUGAUCAUUCACUACUGCA